CAAAAUGAUUGAUGCACAUCAGCUGUCGUGCACCUGCGCAGCACCAUUCCCCACAAAACAAAACCCAAACAAAACCCUCACAAAGCCCUCGCCAGUGAAGCCACACACACUCUCGGCAACAGUAACUCAGAAAAUGGCUUGGCGUUCAGCUGGUUCGUUGUCUCGGUCAUUGGUGUCUACCGCUAGGGUUUCGUCGCUCCGUUCGGCGCCACCUCUCCGUCGUCUCCGUCCGCCGACUGUCUCCACUCCUCGUCGCCUCUUAUUCGCUUCUCCCAGGAACUUGGGAGAACUGGGCUGCAUACAAUCGCUUUUGCCAAUGCACAGUGCGACGGCUGCAACUUGCCUCACAUCUCACCUGGCUGUCAAUGCGCGUGGUUGUUGCGAGUUGUCACACGGGACUUGAACAGACUUUUGGAUCAGCAUAGUUGAGUGCAACUAUAUAUUGGGGUUGAUCAUAGAGUUUGGCUGUAUCCUGUAGGAAUGAGUGCUUUUGGAUUAGGAUCCUUUUAUAUUUUGUUCUUAAUAAGAAACUUGAUCGUUCAUCUGAUAUCUGUAAUGACCUUUAGGAUGAAGGUUUAUGGGUGUUUGAACUUCAGUGCUUAUUCUUGAAUCUUGGUCAAUUUCUCUGUCUUGUGAGUUGUGAUUAAUUGUUUCAAGGGUCUCUGUUGAUUAAAGCAUUAUAUUAGGUUUUUCUCUUUUGAAUAA